GGUCUAGUAACUAGUCGCAGUAGGUAACUCAACUCCCGUCUGAUGUCACAAACAGUAACUGAAGCCCUGAACUACUGAAAGCAUCUGAACCGCCUCCUUUAGCCGGAGAGAGAGAGAGAGAGAGAGAGAGAGAGAGAGAAGAAAAACAUGGCGAACUUUCCUCUUUUCUGAAGAGCUGCCGAGUGUUUCUGCAAGCACCACCGUGCAUGACUUCACUUCUGCAUCCACACUCGAUCUGAAGCCGAAAACGAGGCUUUUCUCAUGGAUUCGGAGCGAGUGAAGUAUCAUGGGAUGAGAGUUUGAAACACUUGGAUACUACUAAAGCAGGACAGGAUGGAGAAACAAGGAACAAGACGCGAAAAGUUUGGUUUGUUUGGGCCGCGAGCGCUGGGCAGAGCUGUGCACGCAGCCACCGCCGACGGCCCGGGCCUCAGCAAGGCCGAGUUCAUGGAGAAGGUGCGGCAAAGCAACGAGGCCUGCCAGCUGGGAGACUUCCAGACGGCCGUGAAGCUGUACGGAGAAGCCCUGCGCGCCGACCCGCAGAACUGCAUCCUGUACAGCAACCGCUCGGCCGCCCACCUCAAACUGGGCCAGUACCAGACCGCCCUGGACGACGCAGUCAAGGCCCGCCUCCUUAACCCUAAAUGGCCGAAGGUGAGUGUGUGGGUGGGGCUUCGUGUUUUUAUUCCAGAUGAAGACGUCGUUCGUUCUUCAUGUCCUCUGUACUGUUUUUCCUCAGCUCAGAGAUGCACAGAUCAUCGCUGGUUUCCGUUUGUUUGUUUGAUCUUUUAGCAUUCACUGCAGGUACAGCGAGCCGAGAGCUUGAGAUUUUGCCAAAUCGCCUCUUUGCUUAACAUUUCUCAGCUGUGCACUCGCAGCAGAACAUCACGGCAAAGUCAGCGUCUGAAAAACGAUCGCAGUAGUGGCCUUGCAAGCUCGUUUGCUCUUGGCAACGGGAAAAGGGCACGCUGUGAUAGACUUGCUAACAAACAACACUGCCAUUUAUUCCUAUAUGCUCUCUUACAGCUACUAAAUAUUAAACUAGAUUAAUUAUAUAGAGAGAAUUUGAUCAGGUGGAUUCAGAUUCUGACAUAGUUCCCACAAAAUGUGUUUAAUUGGAUGAUAUUUGGCCAUUGAGAUUAUUAGCAUUGGGGCCUUUCUGUUAUUAUUAUUCUUUUUUUGUGCGUAUUAUUAUGCAAAGUAAGUGUUUGAUUCAUUAUAGCAGUUAAUGUAUGUAUUGUUUGCAAUUUGUAUCAGUAUGUGCCAACUGAAAACCUUCUUUGUUUAACUACAAGUUGUAUUUGGAAUCAGUUUCUGACACAGUUUUACACAAAACAUUUAUGUGCAUUAUUAUUUACUGGCUUUAUAUCAUUAGUUGCAGUUCUGGGAUCAAAUAAAUAAUAUUUGUUAGAUUCUCCAGGCAUUUCUAGUUAUAGAUAAACUGGUAUUUAAACCCAUAUUUGGCCAUAUUGAGAUCAUUAGCAUUAGCUUAUGCUUGUUUUAAUAAAUUAUAGAUGUUAAUUUGUGUGCAUAUUAUGUAAAAUAAGUUUUCAAUACAUUUCAGCACUUAGUUAGUAUACAUAUUAUUUGCCAAUAUUUAUAUCAGUAUCUGACAUUAAAAAAAGCCUUUAUGUUGGACUCCUGGUCAAAAGUUUGAGGUCUUUAAAAUGAUAAUACUUUAAUUCAGCAAGGAUGCAUUAAACUGAUCAAAAGAAUCAAAAAAGAUUUCUAUUUGAAAUUAAUUCUGUUCUUUUGAAUCCUGGUAUAAAUGGUAUCAUAGUUUCCAGCAUGAUAACAAAUAUUAACAAAUAAUAACAAAUAUUUCUUGAGCAGCAAAUCAGAAUAUUAGAAUUAUUUGUGAAUGAUCAUGUGACUCUGAGGACUAAAAAAAUUCAGCUUUGGACACAGGAAUAAAUUAUGUUUUAGAAUAUUAUUCAAAGAGAAACCACUUAUUUUAAAUUGUUAAAAUAUUUCAGAAUAUUACUAAUUUAACUGUAUUUUUGAUCAAAUAAAUGCAGCCUUUGUGAUCAGAAGAGACGUAUUCCCCCCCAAACUUUUGAACAAUACUGUAUUAAGUCCUUAUGUCUCAUAUAGGAUUUUUGUAGCCCAAUGGUUAGUUCUGUGCUGCUAAAAGAAGUGUUGCAGGUUCAAUCUUAACUAGCUGUGAACAAAAUAACAGUAGAGUUGUUAUUAUCCUGCUCAUAUCUGGUGACUUCAGUGUUCGUAAAUAUGUACUGCACCUCAUAUUAGUGUAUUGCAAGUCAAUUCAUUUUAUUAAAAAUGCACUUUUAACAAUACAGAUUGUGUCGAAGCAGCUUGACGGUAUCAAAUAGCGUGUCAGUGCAAAAGCACAACAGUGAACACCCAACACAAGUUGUUUCGGAUACUAAUGUCAGCCAGCAUAUUUAUAUUCUAACAGUUUAGGUUGUUUGUCGAAAUCGAGUUUUUGUUCUACUUUGAACCGAGCGACCCACACACAUGUGUGCAAUCUUCACAGCUCUACUCGUAAGUAUUUUGUUAUCACGCAAACAUGUUGGCUUAAAUAAGAGCUGAGAUUAUUAAAAUGGUCUUUUCCUCAUCCGUAAACCGCCUCAACGCUCUGAGAGAAGAGCGUUUUGCGCAGACGUGAGUGGUACUUGGGUUUGGUCUCGCUCUGACCACACAGUCCUCUCCUCCCCGGCCCAAAGCACAUGUGGCAAAACCCAAAGCCAGCGAGGAACGUUAACCUCUGCGUGCAUAGCUGCCCGUCUUUUGGUUUGCUGCAUAGAGGCGGGACUUUCUCCUUUGGCACAAGAGAAAAGGGCAGAAACAUGGGUUCCAUUUUACUCAACCAAAAUGUGUGAAAUUGUUGUCUUUAUGAGCAGCGGGCUCCUCUGAGGCCCGACGGGGAGUUUUCCAAAUAACCAGCACCACAAGUGCAGUGCUCGGGAUCUAGCCGAGGAAGAUUUGUGGGAGCCAGCAGACAGCGAUCACCGUAUCAGAGAGACUGUGCUUCCUGUUGGAGCAGAAUAGGAGGAAGUAGUGGGUGUGGGGCCGAACUGCUGUGUUGUUGUGGAAAUCCUGGACGGGUUCAACGGCAAACUUGUGCUGCGAGGACAAUAACUGCAAUAACAGCAACAUUCCACCGACUUUACAGGCCUGAAAAACACUGCAGAUUUGCCCCGUUACGCACAUGUGGAGCGUUUCUGCCAAAACUCUCAUAAAAAACACAAUUAAACAAACAAAUGUGAAGUUGCGACAUUGCCCAGAAGAAAACUUUAGCGUCUCUUUCAUAUUUCGGAGACUUAAUGGAGUCUAAACUUCGUCUCAGAUGUUUCUUCAGUAAAUUGAAUUAUUCAGUUCAAUGGAAAUAAAAAGUAAAAAUGGAUUGAAAUUAUGCAAUUGUUCAUUAAGAGUAAAAAUAUAGCUAUACAUCAAAGCGAUGUUCAAUCUGUCCUAGUAUUUGAUUUGUAGUUCUCUGAUUGGUUAGGAAAAAGGCUUUUUUUUUUUUUCUUAAGAAAUUAAUUCUUUUUUGGAACCAUAAAUUGAUCAAAAGUCACAGUAAAGACAUUCAUCAUGUUACAAAUAAACGCUGUUUUUUGCAAUGUUCUAUUCAUCAAAAGUUCCUGAAAAAUUCCUUGUCUCCAUAAAAUUAUUAAAAAGCAACUGUUUUCAACAUGGACAAUAAGAAAUGUUUCAUAAGCAGCAGAUUUCUGAAGAUCAUGU